GUAAUCUGGGAUACGUGUAGCAAACGUCGUCUUCCAGCUCCCCGGUACUUGAAGUCGAAGUGUGGUGAGCCUCUCGCCUCCGCUUUUCGGGACGAACGUGAGACAGACUUGGUGCUGCCAUCACGAUGGGAAACGUCCAACUGCCUGCCAGCGGCCGGAGAACUCUCCAGGCGAUGACCAUGGUGCUGAUGGCCCUGGAGUUCAUCCUCGCCAACGCUCUUCUGGAGGAUGAAAUGGCCGCCCUCUCUUCCUCCGGGUCCACGUGGAAGGAACCCGAGAAACGAAACACGUGGUGGUCCAAGCGAGCCAAUGCGAAGGAUGCCGGUAAGAGGACCAAUGAGCCAAGUCUCGAACUGGAUCUACCUCUUUGCGCCCUCGUGGUUUCUGCGGCUGGUUGCUACGUGGAAACCUGCGUACCCCUGGUGUUCGAGUGCGGCCGCACCUCGGAUAACAAGUCCGGCUACGCCAAGUGCCGCAGCGUGCACAGCGCCUGCCUCGCCCAGUGCGUCCGGAACCUCAACAGAGUCGGCGCGAACCUCCAGAAGUGACUAACCCCUAAGGGUUAAAACAAUUAAAAAAGAAGAAGAAGAAGAAGGCUGCACGGCGAGCCAAUAAAACUCUGGCACUGAAUGGCGCAACCCUGA